UAAUACUCGCUCUUCUGGCCAUUAUCCUGCAUUGAACUGUGCAAAACAGAGAUAGAGAUUGAAAAGUAUCUGAGUAGUUAUCAGUUUUUGUCUAAUUCAUUCCCACUAUUCGCCUAAUGUUCAAGAUUUCUCUCCAAAUCUAGUCAAAAACAGUAAGGAUGUCACGGCUAAAGAAUCUUUUUAAGCGUGGAAACAACUCACCAACUGACUCAGGACCUUCAGAUAUUAGUGGUCCAAUGAGUGUUUCUCAUAAUGUCCAUGUAGCUCUUAACCAUCAAACAGGUGCUCUAGAAGGUCUUCCUGAAGCAUGGCUAAAGCUGGUCAAUAAGGAACUGACUCAGGGAGAAUUAAACGAGAACCCAGAUGCUGUUCUUCAUGCAGUACAAUAUUUCAUGUUUUCUCAAAAACAAGGCCCCAAAAACUUGCCUUUUAAGGUUUUGGCUACCAAAGAAAUAAUAGAAAAAGAGUCAAUGGAAAUAGAAAACAUGGGAACAAGCAGAGUUACGACCGCUAUGCUUGCUAGUGCAGCAGUGAAUCUCGGUAUGGCUUCUAUGACUGUAUCUAGCAAACAAUCCCAAACACCACCUGCUUUACCCUCCCGCCCGCCUGUUGGCGUUAUGACACAAACGACAUCACGUCGGCCGUCUUUGAGCGAUGUGUCAUCUCGCUCCCCUACAGGCCAUAUUCCACCUCCACUGCCAAUUAUUCCUCCCAAAAGCAACCGGCUUUCUUUGGAAUCGACAAAUCUUGAUGACUGUGGAACUAAUUUCAACAAAACUAUGGUUAUUACGAAAAAUGGGAAUUCUAACGAAGCCAAACAAGCAAAUGACGGCGAAGAUUUUGACGGGGGAAGCCCACUUAUUAUUCGUAAAAAAGAAAUUAAAGUGGAUGGGAUGAUGACUGACGAUGAAGUUGACUCCGCACUACGAAAACUUUGCAAAUGCGGACAUCCUUUUAAACGAUAUGCUCGUCUUAAAGAAGUUGGCGCUGGAGCGUCUGGCACGGUUUACAUAGCCGCCGAUUCGGAGGCUGAUGGAAAGAAUGAACGUGUUGCCAUCAAGGAAAUUGAUUUGUCUAAACAACCCAAACGCGAAAUGAUUCUUAAUGAAAUUUUCGUGAUGCGUGACAUCAUUCAUCCAAAUCUAGUCAAUUUUCUCGACGCUUAUUAUGAGAAGGACCAUCUUUGGGUGGUAAUGGAGUUAUUAGAAGGAGGGCCAUUGACCGAUGUUGUCACAGAAACGGUGCUAAAAGAAGGCCAGAUAGCUGGCGUCUGCCGUGAAGUUCUUAAUGGUAUUACGUACUUACAUAGUAAGGGUAUUAUUCACAGGGAUAUCAAAUCAGACAAUAUUUUACUGGGCCUGGAUGGUACUGUUAAAGUCACAGACUUUGGAUUUUGCGCAAAUAUCCAAGGAGAUGAAAAGCGACAAACGAUGGUUGGAACCCCGUAUUGGAUGGCCCCAGAAUUUGCUCCCUCGAAACUUUCACCUGCGUUUAAGCAUACUCCAUUAGGCUCUGCCUGCCCAUGUGGAGAAUGUCGAGGAGUUCACACACGAGGUGACAAAGAGUUGAUUGAAUUCCUUUCGGAAGAAAUUUCUGUUGAAAAGAAGGGUAUGAGCAAGUCUAGGGAUGUCGGUAACCUGGAUGGAUUUGACGUUAAACACAACGGUGCAGAGAUAGCAUUGUCUAAGAAAUUCAAUGAUGAACAAAUUGAGAUCAUAGUGAAUGUUAACCAUUCUGUUGAUGCUGACAUUGUGGAAGGAGAUCUGAACACCAAAGCAGACAAUGCUCCCCAAGCAGAAAUGAAAUCAAGGCCACACUUUGAAAUUAAACUAAUUAAAGGAAAUCAAGUUACCAGAUUUGCUUGCAGUUACAUUCAGGAUGUUGGAGAGCAAGUUGAAGAUGCUCCAAAUGACAUCUUCACAAUUGAUGAACUUGCAGUCUUUGAGGGCAAACACAAUGAUCAAACCUAUGCUGUUGCUGGAGAUAUUCUUGAUGGGUACAUGUACGAUCUUCUCAUGAAUUUACUUGAAGAGCGAGGUGUAUCGAACGAGUUUGCUGAGAAAUUGAGUGAUCUCGCUACAAAACGGGAACACCAACUGUUUGUUGGUUUAUUAGAAAACCUUCAGUCUUUUGUCCAAGGCAAAUGAGAGAUGUUAUUCAUAAGAUUAAUAAUACAACGAGUGUAGUCA